CGGCGUUGUAACGGCCUCGUACGUUUGUUAGUUAUCGUUUAUUAUUAGGCGUACGUGCAUCUUGUGUACUUACUGAGUCGACGACCCAUGUUUGUCUCUUCCUCUUUUUCCUUCGAGAUUCUAACCAUUAAACACACAUCUGCACUGCAACAACGUACCACUUACCUACAGGCUAGACGAAACCCUGUCAACAGCUGUUCGUUACAGAGUUUACCCACACUUUAAAUUCUGCAUUUUGCCGUGCAAACCAUAUAGAAAGCUUUUAGCUGAGCUUUCGCUGGUGGUGUUUUGACUGCGGUUCAUGUUUAGUCUCUUUCUUAAAGUCAUCUUUAACGUGUACUGUAUUGGUUUCCAGUACUGUAUCGGAAAAUAGUUUAUCUAUCGACUCUCUCCAAUGCAACGCUGCUCAUAAUGUGAUACUUUUGUCCUCUGGGUGUCUUUUUGAGUGACUGUCCAUGUUUAGCUUGAUAUUUCGUCUAGCUGUAAUCAUGACUGGUCAACCAAGUAUGAAUUCCACUUCUUUCUAAUGGUACAUGUAUGUCAUGUCUGACAAUAUUUGGUGCCGAGGGUGGAGUUUUAUUGUACAUCUGUGAAUGCUUGAAUAUCAAACUGACUCAAGUGGAAGAAAAGGAAAACGGUACAUGGGAAGUUACGUUAUGUGGUGAUCUAAUCGAAGUCGGUAGUGUACUAAAGACCAUGCUGCAUAGGAAACUACAUUGGUGAACGGAGUAAUAUUAGCAGAUGUUUCAUUAAUGUGGGAGUAAAACUUAGGCACUGUGGUCGAUUGUAAUUCCAUUUUAGCCUGUUUAUUAGAAAUAUCACCCAGUGAAACUAUCAUUUACUGGAUUACGUUUCGAAAACAAUUUAUUGUCCAUAUUCAUAUCAGGUAACCAACUCCACAACUUCCAGAGAGAGUUUAUAUAUUCCUAAUUUUCUCUCCCCUGUGAUGACAAGGGUAGUAGAAUUUUCCAUAUAUCUGGGACAGGUUCAAAAUCAUUUUCAUUACUGCAUAUAUUUGGUGUUGAUUCGAUGAACAAAGAUUCGGUUAUUAAUCUCUCCCUCCACCCAACUGAGUUAGGUUUCAACACUGUCACUGUGUCCCACCCUACUGUGUGAUUGUGUGUCAUUGCGUGCAUCGUUAUAGCUGAGCUUUUCUCUAAACUUCCUAUCUUAUUGUGACCUACUAAUCUUGAUUUAGCCAAGUUCUUGUGCUCUGUUAUUUGAAUCGACCCUGGUCGACUGCUUUAAUCUAUGUAUUUGAGCCCGCAAUUAUUGCAAAGGAUUCGAUAAACCAGAUUAUAACGAUGUGGACGGACGUGGACUACAAGCGGGACUGAAUGCACCAGUCAACUGGUCCAAGCAUCGGUGUCUGGAAACUAAUUCUAGCGAAUGUGCGGUUAUGUGUAUUGACCAUAGCAGCUGUAUUUGAUGGAUGGGGCGCGGGUUCCUGAUGUUCAAAAAAUGAAAGACUUAGGGGUUAUAUUCAGCCAUCUGCAUAUUGCACUAAGGCCGCAGCAAAAGGGUUCCGAGUACUAUGGUCUCUUCGUCGGGGUAUUCAGAGGCUCCGAUAAAAACAUGUUACGAAUAUUGUACCUCACUUUUGUGUCACCCCAUCCCCAUUAUUGUAUUCAAGCGGCCAGACCUUACUUCAUGAAGUUAUGCUAAAGCACAGGAACACGUCCAAAGACUUGAUGAUAAGUUAAUGACCAGCCUGUCUAACAUAUCCUAUGAGGACCGUUCAGAGACUAAACCUUUCUGCAAUCUUAUUCCAGGAAGAGAGACAACCUAAUAUUAGUCUUCCGUAUUCGUGACAAUGACCUUGGGGUUGGUGUCUUAUUUCUCUUCUCCAAAGAUAAAUCAUCCUCGAGGCCACCACACGAAAACCCAAAAACUACGGUUGAAUCAGCAUGCAGAGAGAUCACCGACUGGAACUCGUUACUCAAUCAAGUGAUACCAGCUUUUUCGUUGAAAGCAUUGCAGUAGAAAUUAGAUCUUCACAGAGAAACGUACUGCAAGGAUUAACACUGGUAAGUUGGCCUACUAUCCUUAUUACUAAGGCCUGAAUGCUGAUACCCUGUAGACGAGGUGAUGUGUAACAGCGGAGGCUGUUCGUGCUACCGUACACUAGCCUCAUACCAACUGAAUAUAUACAUUUCAACCUAACCUUGGAUGAGUACCCAACUUCAGCCGCAAAACAAUGUCCACCCCAUCUAGGAAGUGGUCGAGUCUGCGGUAACAAGGAAACUCCCACCUAGUAGAGAUGCUUCCAGUGUGAUAGAGGUUAAGUCCAGCGGAAAACUAGAUUUUAAGCAAUAUCAUAAUAAGUUGGUGGAAUCGGAUACUUGUUCGCAAUACACGAAUUUAUAAGAUGAACUCCUAGAUAGUGAUUGGAGUUGCCGAGGUGCAACUAACCUGCCAUAUAAGACCCAGCAUCGAGACUGAUAAUAUCUAUUCGACGAAUGACGUUGCUUUCAUUGUCCUAAAGAAAGCUUCGGGGGAUCUCUCUAAUGCUUUCAGUCCCACUGACAAGGUAACGCAACCACUGUCGAAGGUUUCAAAAGCUGUCAAUACAACCCCGAAGGAUUGUCACCCAACAUCUAGUAUUAUCCUCCAUAAUCUCGAAAAAUCGAUUGGUGUAACCCUCUGUAAAGCUCCAUGUUCAUGAUUCGCAUUUAGUUAAUUGUAUCAUUCAGCAUAUUCUUCUAGAAACCACUUAGAUCUUAAUUGGUGUAACUGGUAUACGUCGCACUGUGUUCACUAAGUUGAUCUGUUGUGAUAUUGACAGACUGCAGUGUCCGCAGCUGUUUUGUUUGUCUGGUAGACCUGGGCUCAUUGUCACAUUAUUUGAUCGCGCCACCUACUUCGUUUUUCUUACCAAAUCAGGCUGUGAGUGCAUCGAUAAGCACAGCUAGUAGCCAAAAAACAAGGAUGCUCUGGACAUAAGCUGGUUUUACUAGCCUCUUAGCAAUGCAGGUCAGCAGGUUGUCAAGCUCUGUUCUUUUCGUUAACCCCCUCCAUUUUUCCACACUGUGAAGGUAACGCUCAUCAUGAGCCCCCCUGUUAACGAAUACCACUCGACGUACACAACUCACCUGACAAAUCACUUUAGUCGCUAACACCGAAAGUCGUGUUCGAGUACAGAGCCUUUAACAAAAGAGUGUCCCUGUCUGGAACCUCUUUCGAUGAGAGACACUGCCAUAAGACCUUGGUUGAUAGAGUCGAGUGCCACUUCGUUCAGAAAUACAGCUAGUAUCGGCCAUCAAUAAGUGUGUUUGCAUUCCACAACCUAGCGGCAAAUAGAUAUCUGAUAGAUACAUCCACGUGCAGUUCUGAAACCUGCCUGGUUUUCUUGGGUUUUCUGUUCCCGGAGCUCCACUUAAAUAUCUAAUGAUUUUAGAACCUAAACUCUUAAACACUGCGUUUGUCAAGUUAAUUCCUCUGUAGUUAUCACAAGAAGAUUUCUGACCUUUCUUGAAGACUGGAACAUUCACUGAUUGAGACCAGUCAGGAUGGAUCAUAUAUGUCUUUUAUUUAGUGUUAAUUUGACCAAUAAUUUGCGACCAUCGUAUUUAAAUACCUCUGGUACUAGUCUGUCAGGUCCUGUAACCCUUCCACGUUUCAGAUUACUUACAGCUUUCCCGACUUUUGUAAGUGUCCCAUAACAAUGUUCUAAUCAAGAUCCGAUUAGAUAGUGGGCAACGAGAUAGUAGCUGGACGUCAGUUAACCUACUUUUCGAAGUGUUUCGCCCAUCUCCCCUGCUAGUAAACCACAUACUCUUUAGGCAGCACUUCCUUGAGGUUGCCAUUUAACUAGGCAGGAUAGUUCUUGAAAGUUAGAGGGAUAUACGACAGCCGCUUACAUAGUGGCUUCUUCGUAGGUUUGUAGGAUUGGGGAAUAAGGGGCUACUUACUGUAAUAUUGUACUUAUAGAAUACCUUAGGAGUUUUGUGUGACGCAUUUCUCGUAUCCAGGCCUAACCCGUAUUACAAAUAUCCAAAAGUGGUGACUUUGUCUUGCAUUUGAGAAUGAGUAGAAGCUUUGGUAUGUACAUGUAAGGCUGGGGUAGGAUAAUUAAUGUGAUCUCAAGGGGAGGAAAGAUGUAGUCCGUUGAGUUGGAGUUUAAAGUGCUUAUUUUGUGAUAAACAGUUUGUUAUUGUCAUUAUUUUUGCAUUUUCUUUAUUUCAGCAUCAAGAUUUCGUUGAAACCAUAGGCAAUCUUUUGGUGGUUUCCGUUGUGAAGUCAUGAUACGCUUGCGAAGUGCAACCAAAUUCAUCUCAGUCACAGGAUUCACCAGACAUACGAUUUCUUUCUCUCCAACUUUGAAAACGUUUUCUACCAGUGUUGUAUUAUGUGCACCUACUUCUUCUUUUCUCCCUGAACCUCCAUCACCACCUACUAACGAGCCUGUUUUAAAUAUUUUGGGUGAACCAACUUUCUCAUCUCUUGGUUUGAAUAGUUAUUGGCCUUCAGGUUGGUAUCAGAGUUUACUGGAAGUGUUGCAUGUACAGCUGAAUUUGCCAUGGUGGGGUGCGAUUGCUAUCACAACUGUUAUUAUACGUUUGUGUUUAUUUCCAAUCAUCAUUCAACAGCGACGUCACUUGGCUAAGUUCACUGAAUCUAUGCCUAAAUACAAUAUUUUACAAGAACGUUUAACACAAGCAAGAUUUUCAGGGAAUUAUGUUGAAGCCAUGCGUACUUCUCAGGAGAUGCAAACAUUUAUGCGGACUAAUAACUUAAACCCAUUGAAGACUUUCAAAUACAUGAUUUUCCAGAUUCCAGUUUUCCUCUCCGUCUUCACUGGGAUUCGAGGUUUAGUCAAUUUACCUGUUGUAAGCAUGCAAACCGGUGGAAUUGGUUGGUUUACUGAUUUAACACUAGCUGAUCCAUAUUACAUCUUACCAUUUCUUUCUAUGGCUAGUCUUAUAUUGACGUUUGAGUAUAGUGGUUCUGAAUCCCCUUCAUCUAAAUCUAAUGUUAUUAUACGAAAUACGAUGAGAACACUCCCUUUUAUUGGUUUCUUUUUCGUAAUGAACAUGCCAUCGGCCUUAGUUUGGUACUGGACAAUAAGCAACGCACUUUCCCUCAUUCAGUCGUUAAUCCUACGUCAAAGCAUUGUCAAAUCCUAUUUCAAUAUACCUAUUCAAGCACCUAUUCCUGUACUAAAAAAAAAACGUGACUUUAUUAGUGGUUUCAAAGAAAGCCUGAAUAAUUCUCGUCUUCUUGCUGAAUUGGAAGCAAGAGAACGAUUAGAUGCAAAGAAUUGGCAAGAUGCUGGUCGCAAAAGUGCUCCUGUUACAUUUAUUUCUAAUCCAACGGAACUAAAGAUAACUGGGAAAAAUGGUUAGUGCACGUACGAUAAGGAGGCAGUAAAUUAAGUGUAGUUGGAUGUCGAUACUCGUGAAUUUCCAAUAAUAAACUAACCUUCCUGAUGACUGUUGUUUCUUAUAGAUUUUUGUAUACGCAUUUCAAAUGUACACUUCACAUAUUUUCAGUAGGUUUUUCUAGCUUAUUGUCUAUUCAGGGAUAUAGAAAGAUUGUAAAGAGACAUUGAUGUUAUUGACCAAAUCUAAUGACAAUCAUAUGUAUCAAGUUAAGUUAAUCACUGACUUGCUAAAAUGAUUUUGUUAGUUAAUUACAUUCUGGGAAAGACUAGAAGAUGUUAUAAAACGUUCAAGAUGCGAGAAUUACUUGAGCUCAAGGGGAUUACAACAUUCAACUAAAAGUGACCGAACCAUAGCGCCUAUACUACACGUCCAAUGUUACUGUGAGGCAUGAGGAUGGGGAGGUGGAGUAUACAGUGACCAAAGAAUAUUGGGAUAGAAUGUCCAUCACGAAUCAUUCAUAAACUUGGAUUUUAUUCCAUGUGUGAACAUUUAUGUAAUAUCCAG